UUCUCAAGUUGCAAUUUUAAUAGUUGCAUAGUUUAAAACCGAGUGUUUUAUGUAUCAAUCAAACUAAGUUAUGCAAUUGAGAAACCUGCUGUAUUGAGUUUUUACUAUCACCAGUUUGCGGCGAUUAAUAGUAUCAUUUUCAUUACAGGACAAUACUGAAUAUAGUUAGACUUUAUAUUGAUGAAUUAAACUUUUAGAUAUCUGUUUUACUUAUUAUUGCCAUCUUAUAAGUAAUCUUAACUCUAAUCAAAUAAUAAUCGGAAUCAGUAGUUCUUAUAGUUUUUAUUAAUUGUGUCAGUAUGAACCUCUCAGUUUUCUGUAUAAUUUUGUAGGUAUCGGUUCAUUGCUUAUCUACUAUUUUCAACCGGCAGGAAGAACGGGUGUUCUGCAAUGAAAAAUAUUAGGAAAGAAAGGAUAACUUCCAGAGAUGAACCAUUUCUCACAUGGGAUAAAAAAGUUCCUCAUACCAGAUUGGAACAUUUUCGGAAAAGAAUUUCUGAAAAAUAUAACAUUGAAUUAAACAAUUACUGGGAUUUGCAUAAAUGGAGCAUUGAACAUUUUGAGCAAUUUUGGGAAGAAACAUGGAACUACUUAGGUUUCAUUACAUCAAAGCCACAUGAUCAAGUAUUUAGGAAAACAGGAGAAGGCAUCCUCGAUGUAGAAUGGUUUCCAGGAAUGUUAUUUAACGCAGCAGAAAAUCUACUGAAAAUAAAAGAAAAUAACAGAACCGCAAUAAUAUAUUUAGAUGAAACAGGUUGUGAAGAGUCUGUUACUUAUGCAGAAAUGUUUGAAGAAGUCAAAUUAUAUGCUGCAGCUUUUAGAAAACACGGAUUAAAAAAGGGUGACAUAGUAGCAUGUUAUAUAUCUAAUAGAAAAGAAGCCGUUUUUAUUUAUCUUGCGGUCCUCAGUAUUGGAGCUAUUUUUGGUGGUCCUCAGCCUUAUUUCGGUGCCCAGCAAGCAUCGAAUAUUAUACAAAAGCUGAAACCAAAAUUUUUGAUUGCAAUCGACCAUCAUACAGAUGACGGGGUUGAGUUUCACAACAUUGAAAGCUUACCGAAAAUUUCUAAAGAUACGCCUUCUCUUGAAAAAGUCAUUAUUAUUCCAACAAGGGCUGAAACGUAUCAGAUGGAUAUUUCUAACAUAUCCAAUAGUUGUUUCUUACACGAAUUUUUAUUAAGUGGUAUAGGCCUUAAUGGUGCAAUACCAGACAUCCAGUUUGAACAACUUCCAUUUAGCCAUCCUGUCAGUAUCAAUUUCACGUCAGGUACAACAGGACUUCCAAAAGGUCCAGUGCAUUGUGCAGGGUCAUUGGUUUCUCAAUUGCUGAACUAUGUGUUUUAUUGGAAUUUGAAGCCAGGUGAUGUGGUUUUUUCAUGCUAUCCAGUCGGAUGGACACUUUUUAAUAUUUAUGCAAGCUGUUUUGCUAGUGGUGUGACGUUGUUUCUUUUUGCUGGAAGCCCCUAUCAUACAAAAAAUGGUCGCAACAUGUGGGAUCUAUUUGCCCGCUACAAAGUUUCCACUGCCUGGUUAAUAACAUCUAUGGUGGACAAGCUUGAGAAGCUUGGUGCAAAACCAAGUCCAGAUUCAAAUUUGGAACAUUUAAAAUCCUUAACCAUAGGAGGAAGUCCAGUAAAGAAGGGAAAUAUUUCCUACCUCAAAAACAAUGUGAAGGAAGAUAUGUUUGUAGGAAGUCAAUUUGGAGCAACAGAAUCAUUUGGAUCGUUUUCCGGAAUUGACAUCAAUCUUCCAUCGUAUGCAGGAGAACUGCAAGUUCCUAGUUUAGGAAUGGACAUUAGAUGUGUCAACAGUAGGGGUGAAAACGUUGUUGGUGAAAGAGGUGAAUUAGUAAUAGCAACACCAACCCCAUCAUUGCCAAUUCAUAUAUUUGAAGAUUACGACAAGAGUAUUAUGAAGGAAACUUAUCUUUCCAAAUACCCUGGUUUCUGGUGUCAGCAUGAUGAAAUAUACAUAAAUCCCAAAACUAAAGGACUUAUUGUGAUUGGCAGAAGUGAUGAUACUCUGAAGCAAAAUGGAGAGCGUUUUGGAGCUGGUGAUGUCUAUUCUGCAAUUCAUGACAUGGAGGAGAUUCGUGAUUACAUAUGCGUGGGUCAAACAAGAGAUUCAGAUGGAGAACACAGGGCAGUUCUCUUCAUCCAAAUGAAGGAUGGAUACACUUUCACUCCUGAAUUCAAAAAGAAAGUGGAACAGAAAAUAUUUGAUGAACUGUGGGUCGACUGCGUUCCACAAGUCAUUCUUCAAAUUCCCGAAAUACCUUAUAAUCUGAAUAACAAAAGAAUGGAAAGCGUUAUUCGCAAAAUUGCAGCAACAAAUGAAAUUCCAAAAGUGAAUAACAUCAGAAAUCCAGACAGCCUGAAGCAUUUCUGCAACAUACCUGAAAUCAUCAACUUUAUGAACUACAACAAAGAAUGAACUUUGCAAUAUGAA